AUGGCCGACGGUCACCACCCACCCAAAAAGUCCGAGGAGGGGAAGGGCAUGAUGCUCAACGAUGAUCCCGUUCAGGUCGACAUGACGAACCGGUCGCCCAACCUGAGCGACGCCGACUGCGAGAAGUAUGGCGCCAGUCGGGAGUCCAAUCCCAUGCCGGACCUCAAGCGCAAGCUGAAGAGUCGCCAUUUGCAGAUGAUUGCUAUCGGUGGCACGAUCGGUACAGGUCUUUUCAUCAGUAGCGGAACCGCCAUCGCCAAUGCCGGUCCCGUCGGCGCCCUCAUCGCCUACCUGUUCAUGGGCUCCAUCGUCUUCUCCGUCAUGAUCUCGCUGGGAGAAAUCGCCACUUACAUCCCCAUCCCCGGAGCCUUCACCGCGUAUGCGACGCGGCUGGUCGACCCGAGUCUCGGAUUCGCCAUGGGCUGGAUCUAUUGGUUUUCCUGGGCCAUCACCUUUGCCUUGGAAUUGACCGCCACCGGUCUGAUCAUCCAGUUCUGGGAGAAGGACCUCAACAUCGCCAUCUUCAUCGCCAUCUUCUGGGUGCUGAUCACCCUGUUCAACCUGCUGCCCGUCAGCUUCUACGGUGAGCUGGAGUUCUGGUUCUCCAGCAUCAAGGUCAUCACCGUCAUUGGUUUCAUGAUCUUUGCCAUCUGUGUGGAUGCUGGUGUGGGCGACAAGGGCUACCUGGGUUUCCGGUACUGGGUCCACCCCGGUCCGUUCUCGCCGUACCCAGGAGUGCACCCCGACUCGACCGCCAAGUUUGUGGGCUGGUAUAGCGUUCUGAUCCAGGCUGCCUUCUCCUACCAGGGCACCGAGCUGGUCGGUAUUGCGGCCGGAGAGACGGAGAACCCGCGCAAGACGGUGCCCUCGGCCAUCCGCAAGACGUUCUUCCGGAUUCUGUUCUUCUUCGUGUUGACCAUCUUCUUCAUCGGUAUCGUGGUGCCCUACACCAACGAGGAUCUUCUCAAGGAUGGCAACGACGCCAACUCGUCGCCGUUCGUCAUUGCGGCCCGUCUGGCGGGAGUCCGGGUGCUGCCGCAUAUCAUCAACGCGGUCCUGUUGACGGUGGUGCUGUCGGCCGCCAACUCCAACGUCUACAGCGGCAGUCGUAUCCUGAUCGGUCUGGCGCAGGAGGGCUUCGCGCCCCACUGGUUCAAGAAAGUCACCAAGAAGGGCGUGCCGUACUACAGCGUGCUCUUCACCGCGGCGUUUGGUCUGCUCGGGUUCAUGAACGUGUCCAACGCGGGUAGCACCGUGUUCAAUUGGUUCCUGAACAUCUCCAGCGUGGCAGGUCUGAUUACGUGGGCGUCGCUGUGUGGCUGCCAUCUGGCCUUUAUGCGGGCGCUGAAGGCGCGCGACAUCUCGCGGGACCUGCUGCCGUACAAGGCGCUGUGGCAGCCGUUCUUUGCGUGGUACGGGCUGUUCUUUAACGUGCUGAUUAUCAUCACGCAGGGAUUCACGGCGUGGAUCACCGAGUUCAGUGUGACGGACUUUUUCAUCGCAUACCUCAGUCUGAUUCUGUUUGUGGUGCUUCAGCUCUGGGGUACCCCGUGCCAUCCACAUGUCACCGAUAUCAUCUGA